CACGGGAUAGGCAACCAAAAAGCGUAAGUUGCGCUGGUAUACUCACACACACGUCACACGUAAGUGUAUAUAGGGAUGUUGGGCCAUGUACUGAGUCUAGCUGUGCUAAUACUACUGCCUGCAUGCACACUUGCAGACGCACAGUUGGCUAUAACCGAUGUGAGUACUAAGAUAGACCUGCGUUCACAGUUAGUCAAGACUGUACACACCAUACGUGUGAUUAAUAAUGGAGAUGCAGAGGCAACCUACUUCGAGGUACAUUUCCCCGAACCUACAAAGGGAUCGUAUGCCUUUCAUAGAUGUGUAAUGGAUAAGACAGCCAUGAUACUCAGAGAUGUCACGGAGGUGGAUGCAAGCCGUACUCCCAGUGCUGACACGAAAGUGGUCAAGCUUAAAACCCCCAUCUCUGCGGGACAGGAGGCGACUAUUACCCUCCGCACGGUGGUCACACACGCUUACUUGGCUUUCCCUGCUGAGAUCGCACAACAAGCGGAUCAGUAUAUGAAGUACAGUUUCCAGAACUACUUCAGUACUCCGUAUGAGGUCAAUUCACAGACUGUAACGGUGUCGGGUGAGAAGAUUAUUACGGUGAAUGAUUCGCCACACAAGGGCAAGAAGGAAUCAGAACUCACUGUCGGUCCCUACAAAAGUAUUUCAGCGGAUGCUGAAAUGAGCUAUACCACAGUCAUCGUCAAGAACAACGCACCCUUCCUAGUGGCCAAGAAGUUCGUGCGCGAAAUCUCUGUAUCUCAUUGGCAGAGAGUUAAAAUCGAUGACAUCCUCAGCUUACACCACGAUGGCGCUAAACUACAAGGGCAUUUCUCCCGUGUGGAUUUCCAGAGGGCUCGUAACCAGGCUCCUGCAGCGAUUCAGGGAUGGAAGACCCAUCUCCCUGUAGAGGCCAGGGACUUUGACUACAGAGACGAGGUCGGCAACAUCUCCACCAGUUCGGUCUCGUCAAGCUUGAGCGGGCACACACUGACACUCAUCCCGCGAUUCCCGAUCUUCGGAGGGUGGUCCAGUGGAUACAUGCUUAACUACACGUUGGACAACGCCAAUCAUCUGGCCUCAGAUGGCAACGGAAACUAUCAGUUCAAGGUUCCAUUGGUGCCGCAUGUGUAUGACAACAUGAUCGUAGACGACCUGGAACUCCGCGUCGCUCUGCCUGAAGGCGCGACCGAUAUCACUGUGAAGAACAAGUUUGGGUUCGACGAGCAGACGUUCGAUGUCAAGCACACCUACUUGGACGUUGGGGGUCGCCCGGUUGUGGUUCUGACCAAAGCCAAUGUUGUCAACGAUCACGAGGCUGACUUUGAGAUCAAGUACUCCCUGUCGUCAGGCGCCAUCUACCGCCAGCCGUUGGUGUUGAUUGCUGCGUAUUUCUGCCUGUUUUCGCUAUUGAUCAUCUACCUGCGCUCUGACUUCACUAUCGAGUCGAAAUCACACGCUGUCGUGCCGAAACAGGAAGUCACUCAGAAGAAGAAGGUCUAGGAAUUGACUUGAACUGGAAUACGAGUUAGGACUCGAUACCGUAUAGUUCAUAUGAGGAACAUUAUAUAUAUAUAUGUGUGUGUGUAUGUAUGUAUAUGUAGUUUACUGAACCAAAGAGUGCUCGACUUGGUAGACUUUGCGUACAAAACAAAGCAGCAUCUGCGCACGGUAUUACACGUGUGCAUCUUGCAGGAAACAGAGCGGUUGGGGUGACAGACACUGUUCAUUUGCGACUUCCACCUUGAACGGUAUCUCUGCGUGGAUCUGUACCUGUGUAGAUUUAGGGCGAAAAUUAUAUAACGAUAAAAGAAUAGUUGGAAGCGUUGUAUUUAUAUACUCGCAGCCUUUACUUUUCGUAUUGUCUUUAGGACUCGUGGUUUCCAUAGAAACGACAUGCAAGUGGACAAUAAAAUUUAAUAAUGAUGUACGCUGGCCUGAGAGACUAUAAUAUCAGCAGCAGACUCAUUCCGAUGAGAUCGUACAUUGACUGAUACUGCCUCGUCCCGUGACGUCUCUGAC